UGCCCCAUAUAAAGGCUGGCGUGAUUGCUGAUCUCAGCUAGUCUGACAGUCUCUCUCUCUCUCUCUCUCUCCCUCUCUCUCUCCCUCUCACUUCCUCUCACUCUCUCCUCUGCGCCUGGCUCCUUCUUUUCUCCUCCUCACUGGUCCUUUAAGCCGACUGCAUCACAGGAGCUAUCCAGUGCUGAACAGGAUCACCUUUAUUUAUUUAUUUAUUUAUUUAUUCAUUCAUUUAUUUAUUUAUUUGUCUGUCACUUUUUCCGGGGACACUGGGGGGCCAGAGUGUAGCCCACAGCAUUGCCGUUCACCACUGGUCGCCUUCUUUUUUUUUUUUUUUUCUUCAUCUCAUGAUUUUAGCCACCAUCUUCAUCGCAAGGAUUACCCCUCAAGCUAGCUGUGCUCCCUCCGACACGUUUUCUUUAUGUUCAUGCGUUUUUGGCUGCGCUGAAACAUGCCCCGCUCAUUUUUGGUGAAGAAAAUCAAACUCGAUGAUUUCUCUUCAUCCAACGCGACUCACCAUCAGCACCCGGACGACGCGUUGGAUCUGGCGCGCUCCAUCACGGACUCGGUGACCAGCCUCGGCGUCCGUCUCAGCGAGAAUGGCUACAUCCAGGAUUACAUCACGCCAUCUGCGUACCGGGGGGAGAAGAAGAUGGAGCACAAGCCGGUGUCGGACCCGCUGUACACCCACGUGAGCAGCGGCGGCGGCGAGUACUGCGAGCCCGACCUGAAGCACCCCGACAGCCCCCAGUCGGGCAUGACCGCCAGCGGCUUCUACAGCGGCGAGUCGGAGGCCCUGGACGAGGGCUACGCCAUGGAUGCCUUCUUCAUCUCGGACGGGCGCUCCAGGAGGAAGGGUGACGGCGGCGAGGGCCACGACGACGGGGCUGCCGGUGACGCCGGCGUCCUGCGGGGCAGCCAUGCCGCCACCGCCGCCGCCCCGCAGGACGCUCGCCACGCCUGCAACGAGUGCGGCAAGACCUACGCCACCUCCUCCAACUUGAGCAGACACAAGCAAACGCACCGCAGCCUGGACAGCAAGAUGGCCCGCAAGUGUCCCACCUGCGGCAAAGUCUACGUGUCCAUGCCAGCCUUGGCAAUGCACAUCCUCACCCACGACCUCAAGCACAAGUGCGACGUGUGCGGCAAGGCCUUCAGCCGCCCGUGGCUCCUCCAAGGCCAUACGCGUUCCCACACGGGCGAGAAACCCUUCGCUUGCGCCCACUGCGGCAAAGCCUUCGCCGACCGCUCCAACCUCCGCGCCCACAUGCAAACGCACUCUGCCUUCAAGCACUACCGAUGCAAGCGCUGCAAUAAGACCUUCGCUCUCAAGUCCUACCUGAACAAGCACUACGAGUCAGCUUGCUUCAAGGGGUCCGCCGACGACGAGGACGACUCGGGGUCGGACGACUGAGGAGGAUGCCCGCCCAACGCGCUUUUCGCUCCGGUUGCCCUCCAUGCCUUUUUUGGGAAAGCAAUAUUUUCACUGAGAUUACAAAGAGGCUGGAGCGGCGGCAGUGGCGGCAGCAGCAAAAGACUAUUUCAGAAGAUGCUGGAUCCCCCCCCUCCCUCUCCCCUCCCUCCCGCACAGUAGCUGAUCGCCCACAGACAAAUACAAUCAAAAACCUUCCCUCCCCAAAUAGAAACCGUAGAUGAUAGCAUUAGCGACAUGUGCUCACACUAAACUCACCAACACACAAUUACUAUACUAUGAGGCCUGGCAUGUGUAUUUUUAUCAAUGACUAUACUCAUAUCAAUAGUAAUAACAUUUAGAUUCCUGAUAUUUUAUAGCAAAUAGUCAUGAGAAAAUGAACAAAGGACAGUGUUCCUUGGCUUUUUUAGAGACAAAAUGACCUCUUGUAUUUUGAUGCUGCUUUUUAUUUGCUAAGAAUCCAAUUCUUUUGCAACUUUUUAAGAAAAUGUGAACUAUAACAGUAUUUGCAAAAAAGAAGAAAGGGAGAUCAAUUUCAACACGUACAAAGAUAAGCCUCUUUUCCACACCAAUGUUAUUUUUGUAUUUGAUUUUUCUAAAAUGAUUUGUGUGCGCGUGCGUGCGUGCAUGCGUGCGUGCGUGCGUGUGUGUGUGUGUGUGUGUUCAAUAUCCAGUGAUCAAAGUGCAGCUUUGUAACUGUGGGUAUUCCAAAUAUUGUGAAGAAGACUACUGUUUGAGUCCUGUCGACAGGAUCCAAACGGCAGCGAGUAGGCGGUCGGCCCUUUUGGCUGCCCCGCGUCUAUAGCAAAGAAAACACUUGUUCUUCCUCCGACUUGUGGUCGUCAAGCCGCCUUUAGGGGUGCGGCAUCCUUCCGGGAGGGAGCGAGCGCAGGGCUCCUCCCUCCCUUCCUCCCUCCCUCCCUCCCUCCCUCGCUCUUUGAGGCUCCCUUGUCCACCAGUGUGACGACGGGCUGGCGCUUUACUAACUCGCAGACCCUCGGUUACAAAGUGACUCUUCCAUGUCGCUCAAAGCUCCGUCCAAUUGUCUAGCU